UAUUGACAAGAAAGAAAAUGACAACGAACAAUUACAAGGGAUAAUUAGUGAUUUUUAUUUUUCCCUUGACCUAUUGGGAUUUAAGUUCAAUCUAACCCCCUACAACUCAGAAAUUAAAUUACUAAUCAAAAAUUGGCAGGAAUUACGAAGAAAAGAAGACUACCAGCAGGCGGACAAGGUUCGAAAGAAGUUGCAAGAAAUGGAUAUUAUCUAA